AUGGAUGAUCAGAACCAAUCCCAACCCCAAAUCGAGAUCACCAUUGAUGCACCCAAUGACACCGAGCAACCACAUCGCGAACCUUUGAUCAUCAUCAGACGAUCCUCAUCACUCAUCUUAACUAAAUUUCAUGGCGGCCACUUCAGGAUUAGCCUCUCUCUCUGCAGCCAGGCCUUGCUGUGGAAGACCCUCGGAGACCCAAUCGACGACGCACACGCUUUCCGGCGCGUGCUUUCAAUACUACCCUCCAACGCUUUCCUUUUUCUCUGGUCUCUGGCUUUCUUUACAUUAGUUUCCCAAUCAACUCUUUAUAUUCUAAGAUGUUUUUUCCGCUUUGAAAUGGUUAAAAACGAGUUCUUUCACCAUGUGGGAGUGAAUUACCUGUUUGCUCCAUGGAUUUCAUGGCUCCUCCUGCUCCAAUCAUCGCGUUUAAUUGCUCCGACCACUAUCUACUACCAAGUGUUUUGGUGCGCCUCUGUUUUGCCGAUUGUUGUGCUGGAUGUUAAGAUCUACGGCCAGUGGUUCACGAAAGGGCCGUGGCUGUUAUCGACGAUGGCUAAUCCGGCGAGCCAAUUAUCGGUCAUCGGGAACUUCGUGGGGGCUUGGGCGGCGGCGCAAAUGGGGUGGAGGGAGUGUGCUCUGUUCUUGUUUUCGCUGGGGAUGACGCAUUAUUUGGUGCUGUUUGUCACGCUAUAUCAGAGGCUAUCUGGGAGCAGCAGCCUUCCGGUAAUGCUAAGGCCGGUGUUCUUUUUGUUCAUUGCGACUCCAAGCAUCGCAAGUUUGGCGUGGGAGUCCAUUGCUGGAAACUUCGAUGUUUCAUCCAAGAUGCUCUUCUUUCUCUCUCUGUUCCUAUUCAUGUCCUUGGUUUGUAGACCAGCCCUGUUCAAAAGAUCAAUGAGGAAGUUCAAUGUAGCGUGGUGGGCUUACCCUUUCCCUUUGACGGUCCUGGCACUGGCUGCAACCAAGUAUGCUCAGGAGGUGAGGGGCGCCAGAGCGCAUGCCUUGAUGCUUCUGCUAUCAGCAGUCUCAGUUUUGGCGUCUUUGGCCUUGAUCAUUGUCACUGUAAUCACUUCCAAUAAUAUUUUCUCACAAAGUCCCAAGAGCACUCUGCUUAAAAUUCCCAAUCCUCCUGCUUAA